CCUAGGUAGUAGGUAGGUAGUCAGUCCUAAGGCUACAGCUCUUGGAAAACCUUGCUGCAUUGGACCUGCAUUCAUGCCCCUGAAAAGCAGAGACUUCUGCAUGCAUUGAUUAAAGUUGUGGUCAUCCUGCUCAAUGCUCUACAAUUGUUCAUAAAACAAUCCUAUCAAGCUCCCCAUCUCUAGACAGUUGUGGACGCAGCAUCUCACAAUCUAUUCCAGAGGUGCCUUUCCCCCAACACAUUCAGCCGCAAUCAUGAAUCUUGGAGCUCUCGGCGGUCAGCUGAAGAAGCUGGGUGUCACUGACGAUCAGGUCAAGAAGGCGGAAGGUCUCCUUGGGUCCAAUGCCGCUCUCCUGGGGAAGGCAGAGUCUGCUCUAGGAGGCAAGAAGCCUGCAGAGGAGACUUCCGCUCCUGCCCCUGGGGCCGGCGCAGUUCCUCCUGCUGCACCUGCUUUGCAGACUGUCCCUGGUCCUGUGGACCCCCCAGCGGCUGCUACUGCAACUGUGGCUGCUGCUGCGGUGGCUGGCGAGGCACCGAAGCCGGCCACAGCUGCACCGGUGGCUCCGGGACUUGCAGCAGAUGGGCCCAAGAACGACGCAAUCCACAAGUUUGCAGCACAGGCUGGAAUCAGCAGCUCCAUUGUUGAUCAGGGGUUGGCUGCUCUGGGAAAGAUCCCUGAACCUCAGUUGAAGGCUGCAGCAGCCAAGCUAGGAGUCAGUGAGUCUAUCGUAAACCAGGGUCUCGGUGCGCUCGGCAUCCACCAGAAGACUGCUGCUUCAACCCCUGUUCCUGCUACCUCCACCCCCGCUAGCACCCCCGCCGCCCCCACUGCCGGUGCUGCGCCCCCCGCCACCGUCCCUACAGCGGCUGGGCUCGAGCAGACGCACCCUGUGGCGGACAGCGGUGUCACCGCCGCUCUCCCCACCCCCGACUCGACAGGCCUGCCGACUGUAGCACCAGGGGGAAAGACCGGUCCCGCGAGCAGCGAUGUUGGCCCACCGCCGGCAGCCAAGCCGCCCGCCGACAAGACCGCGGACUCGAUUGCGGCGAAGCUACCAGGCGGUUUGGGCGACAGUGCUGCGGUGAAGGGAGCCAUUGGCAAGGGCCUGAGCAUGUUUGGCAAGUAGACUUGCGGAGAGAAUGGUUGUCACGAGUUGAUGGCAAGGCAGCAUAAGAGCAGGAAUGGUGUACGUACGCGACUGGUUGCUGCUGCUGUUACAAGGAUACUCGGUAUUUUUUUGGGGUCUCUAGUUGCGUAGCUAGCUUGUCGCAUUCUCCGUCAAAAAAAUCUGGAACUUUUAGCACCAGCUGGCAAGCCUUUCAGCUGUCGUCUUCUUGUACAAAUCUUCUGUGUGGUUGACAAUCACAGUCCGAUUUCAUGUCACACUGUUCAGAGUGCUUGCAUGAUUCAAUGUGCGAUCACUUUGCUUCUUAUAAAUGUAGGGAUGUAUGAUGCCAUGCGAGGUCACAAUAUAACUGUGG